GACAACAUCUGCUCGACUCCUUCAUUCAAGUGACACCAGAGAGCUUUGAGGGAUAUUUGAGGCUCCCUGCGUUCUCUUUCCUGGCCACUUCUAGCACUUGUACCAACGCCGACUGCACGCUCCGUGCGUGGGCGAAAAGAUCACGGGGAUCUUUCAGCUCAUCACCCCUUUUGCAAAGCAGUGAGAGUGGGGGCCGGGUGGCCUCCAGUCAACCUUGUUGGGUUCACACCAGGACCAUGUGUGCGGAAUGGAUAGGGAAAUUAGUGACUCUGGCGUUGGUCUUCGCAAGCCUUGAUCCGGCUGUGGGUACGGAAGCCACCAACCCUCCGGAAGGUGUCCAAGACAGAGUUCCUCAGCAAAAAGGGCGCCUGUCCUUGCAAAAUACAGCUGAAAUCCAGCAUUGUCUGGUCAACGCUGGUGAUGUGGGGUGCAGCGUGUUUGAGUGCUUUGAAAACAACUCCUGUGAGAUUCGAGGCUUACAUGAGAUCUGCAUGACAUUUCUCCACAAUGCUGGAAAAUUUGAUGCUCAGGGAAAAUCCUUUAUUAAAGAUGCUCUGAGAUGCAAGGCGCAUGCCCUACGGAACAAGUUCAGCUGCAUCAGUCGCAAGUGCCCUGCUAUCAAGGAGAUGGUGUUCCAGCUGCAGCGAGAAUGUUACCAGAAGCAUGAUCUCUGCUCUGCAGCCAAGGAGAAUGUCCAGGUCAUUGUGGAGAUGAUUCACUUCAAAGACCUGCUAAUGCAUGAGCCAUACGUCGACUUAGUGAAUAUCCUGCUCACCUGUGGAGAAGAGGUGAAAGAGGCCAUUACACGGAGCGUCCAGGCCCAGUGUGAACAGAACUGGGGGAGUCUGUGUUCCAUCCUGAGCUUCUGUACCUCCGUCCCGCACAGAGAUUCCACCCUGGAACCGGAGAAGAAGUCCAACGAGGCCUCCAGGUCCUCUCUUGGCCAAGGGGACACAGGUGUCCACCCUGAAGCUGACACCAGAGAGAGUUCCCGAAAUGCCCGAGGGGAAAGAGGUAGCAGGCUUCCUGUGAAUGCCCAUGUUCACACUAAAGCUGGAGGCCACAAUCUCAAAGCGGCCCAUGGGGUCAUAGAGCAGGCAGAUGAACUGUCAGACUUCUCUGACAUCCGAAGGUGAAAGGAAGAUACAGCCCUUCCUUCCCCUUCCACCAGAAAUUUCCUCCACUGAGCUCAUCUUCUUAUCUAGGGGCAUUCCAAAAUAUUUACAAUAUAGAUGGGGUGGUGUCAGGCAUAGGGCAUUGUGGGAUAUGUGGCAGUGGCAGUGUAUGUAUUAUAAGUAACAGGAAAAGCAGUGGCUAUUGGUCAUUGAUUGUAUCCAGCAAAUUCAAUGUUGUAAGUGCAAGAAAAUAUCCUUGCUUAAAUCUUUUCAUUGCAUAAGAAAAGGAAAAGUAGGAGGUUAGAUGCAGGUCGGGUUGUUUUUUUUAAUCAGGGAUAGGUUCGUCUAAAUGUUCAUUUGUUCACUAAUGGCUUAACAUCUAGACUAGGUUCAGCAUUUAGUCUCUGAGUAGAAAAUAAUCCAAGUCCCAAACAGGCUGUUGAGACAUGUGUAAGGAAACGAACGAGAGAAUAUUGCAUGGGAGAACUUGCAGUUACACACAAAGCCAUUUCUCUGAACCAUUUUUUCUGUCUAGGUGGACCACCUGCCUUAAGUUUCCUUUGUAUUGGUUUGUGUGACUCACUGCUGACCUCUUCUCCCUAUUUCUUUAGAAAAUUCAGUUAUUUAGAGAACCAUUUUUCUGAACAAAGUAGUUGGACCUUGUUAGCUGUUCUGAUGUUAUAUCACCCUUUUAAAAAACAUAUCUUCAAAAUCUACCUGGCUUCUGGGUUUCCUAAAUAGCAUGGUAUCGAUGCUGCCCUAAGACUUGCUUCAGCAUAUGGGGUACUUUAUUGGAGGCUUCAUGGAAAACCUUUUCUUUUUUCUCCACCUGAAGUCAGAAUCACAAGGUUUGCAGGACUGCAGAAAACCUUGUGCUCUAAGGCUGUGAGUGUGAAGUGCCAAAGAAAUGGGGAUGAUAAACAAGGGUAAGUCAAGCACUGUGUAAUGAUUGAAUCAGGUUAAUGAUGUGAAACAAACUUCUCUGCACCUCAGGCAUAAAUAUGUUUUCUUGGAAAUAAAUUCCAUUAAUUCCAGUGGAACAUACUUCCACAAAAAUGUGCUAAAUUGUAAGUUCCAUGAUCCAGGGUUAAUAUGUUAUACUCCAUCUUUGCAUUUAGAUAUGUCUGUUAUCAAAUAAGGCAACUCAGGAUGCUGUAGCCCAUGCACCAGAAUGACAUUUUGUGAAAGGGAAUACCACACCAAUAACCUUUUCGGAUGCAGAAGGUUUUGACCAUUCAUUCUCAGGAGAAUGGCAGGUGUCCCCAGGCCAAGCACUUCUUGGCUACCCAAAACUCCCAUGUGCAAGGCCUUCCCCUAUUACUGCAAUGUCACAAAAGCUCAGUGUGUUUAUUUGCACCCAUUGGAUUUGCAGAACCACUGCUGACUGGGAAGCCAGCCUUCACUGCUGGGGAGCACCAGCUUUUUUUUUCUUUUUUAUUUGUGGAGACAGAAGAAGUCUGUAAGAACAACAGAACUGUGCGUGCAGCCAGUGAAAUUUGUGUACAUCAUUUCUAACAAGGACACUUUUUCUGAUUGUACUGAGUAGAGAAUCUGGUCAAAAUCCUUAAGAGUUCCCACUGAGGCAACAAAAUGCACAAGGAGUAAUGUAUGGUCCCCAUACUUUUCAUUGAAAGAGAUUGGCAGGAUUGUUACGACUUCUAUGUACCAUCAUCAACCAUAGGUAAGCCGCGAACACACACACACACACACACACACACACACACACACACUUGCCCCUACAUUUCCAUAUUUUCAAUUCACUGUAGUUGGAUCUUCUGUAAGAAGUCUGAUUUAGCUAUAGAAACCAAAACACAAGCACACCCUUGAAUGUCUCUGUCAACAGAUCACCUCAGCUGCAUAUAAUUUACCUUCAUUCUAGGGAAACAAAUAGAUGGUUCCCUUUUAACUUACUCAAAAUUCCAUUUUUUUCCAGCAGGAGGAGAGGUUGUAUAAGGCCUAGAUUUUUGUUUUCAUUUUUAUCUUCUCUGUGUGAAAUUGGAUGUAUGUGUUCACCUACUGAUUCCACAUUUUCUUUUAUUGUAAAUAUUUAACAUUACUAUUUAUUAUAGUUUCUCCAUUUAAAAUAAUCUGAGCACUGCUGGCAAAGGUAAUUUAAAUAUAUGUCAGGACCUGUGUUGUAUAUAUUCAUGCCACUAGUACAUUUUUGUUAUUGUUAAAGCAAGGAAAAUAUAAUUUUAUAUGCUCCAUAAUGUUAUUGACAGCAUCAAUCAUUUAUUUAUUGUUAUCUUUCAUUUCUAAUGGAUACAAGUGCAUUUAACCUGAUAGUUCUAUCAACACAUCCUGUAUAGUCUUUGAAAUUUUUAAAAUAAAAUGUCAGCUGUCCCCUUAA